AUUCUCUUCUCAUUACUAUUCUAUCCUUAAUUCCGAUAACAUGGUAUCAGAGCAUAUCUGUUCCAUUUUAGCUUAGUUUCCAUUUUUAUUCUUUUCUUUCAGAACCUCAGUUCACAGAACAUCAGCCUAUACCAACCCCAGAACCUUAGUCCAGAACCUUAGUCCAGAACCCAUCUCACCUUCACCCUACACUAGUGCGCCUUCUUCCGGCGACCAGACAGUGGGAAUCCGCGCGUCCCAAUCACCGCGAGUGACCUACACGCGUCACCUUAAAGGCUCGCAGCUUGCGCACGCGCCGGCGCAUGACGACGACCGUCUGACCGGAGCUUCGAACGGAAACCCUCUCCAGACUCGUCGGGACUUCCUCUAGCAACACCCAGGUACACUUCUUCAUAAUAUUGGAAGUCUGCUUCACGCUUUCAACACUAGGCGUGGAUACAGUAAGUUUUUUUUCCCACCAUUCAUGACGUCCUGGUGCUAGGCGGAAGGGCUGUGUUCUAACUUGCACCAUAAACGAAAAAGGCUGUAAGUUCAUUUAAAGUUUUAUUUCUGAGAAAAAAAAAUUACAAAAAAAAAAUGCCUGGUUCUGACGCCGAUAGCUCUGCAGUAACACAAAGUCGGCCUUUGAUAGUUUAUGAAGUUAUUCCCAUUAAUUUUAAAAUUACUGAGAAUAAACUUUGUGGCUCCAAUUAUCUUGAAUGGAGUAAAACUAUCAAACGUUAUUUAAAGAGCAUUGAUAAAUAUACCCACUUAGUUGAUGACCCGCCAAAGGAGGAAGUUGAUAAAGCUGCUAAUGAUGCCUGGCUUCGUGAUGAUUCAAGAUUAUUUAUCCAGAUUCAGAACUCCAUGGAGAACGACAUCAUGGGGUAUGUUAGUCAUUGUGAUAUUGUGAAAGAACUGUUUGAUUAUUUGGAAUUUAUGUAUUCAGGCAAAGGUAAUCUUAAUCACAUCUAUGAGGUGUCCAAAGCCUUUUACAGAGCAGAAAUGAAAGAUAAGCCUCUCAUGGCUUAUUUUAUGGAUUUCAAGAAAACUUAUGAAGAGCUUAAUGCAUUAAUGCCAUUUAGUCCUGAUAUCAAAGUGCAGCAGAAACAACGAGAACAAAUGGCGGUUAUGAGUUUUUUGGCUGGUCUUACGACUGAUUUUGAAACAGCCAAAUCACAUAUCUUGUCUGGUGAUGCGGUCUCUUCUCUUCAAGAUGCUUUCAGUAGAGUUCUUCGCACUGACACUUCAUCCACAUCACCAGCACCUCAACCAAGCAAUGCUUUUGUAGGGCAGGUCCCAAAGAAGGUGAGAAAUGGCCACGCACUGGAUCGAUUGGCAAAGGAGUAGUAUGCAACUACUGUAAGAAACCCGGACACUUGAUCAAAGAUUGUCGAAAACUAAAGUUCAAAAAUCAAGGAAAUCAAGUUGCUCACAUUGCUUCCGCUACACAGCCAUCUGAUGGCUCCAUCAUUAUGUCUUCUGAGGAAUACACCAAAUUUCUUUGCUACCAGGAGGCUCUAAAGCAUUCAUCUACUCCUAUCUCAGCUGUCGCUAAUUCAGGUAAUCCAAACACAUGUCUUGUGUCUUCAUCCUCAAAAUGGGUUAUCGAUUCACGGGCAACAGAUCAUAUGACAGGUAAUCCUGGUCUUUUUUCCUCAUUCCACACACCUCUUCAUACUUCUAGUGUUACUUUGGCUGACGGAUCUACGUCACCAGUUCUUGGAACGAGUACAAUUGUCCCAACAUCUACCUUACCUUUGUCACCCGUCCUAAGUCUUCCAAAUUUUGCUUUUAAUUUGAUUUCGAUCAGCAAAAUCACACGUAAUCUUAAUUAUUCUGUAACAUUUUUUCCUGGAUAUUGUGUAUUUCAGGAUCUGUUGACGAAUCGGGUUAUUGGUAAAGGAUAUGAGUCGGCUGGUCUCUAUCUCUUGGAUACAUCCAUCCCUAAAUCCAUCUCUUGUCUUGGAGUUGGAACUGUGUUAGAGGCUCACUAUCGACUAGGACAUCCCUCUCUCCCGUUGUUAAAGAAACUUCAUCCUCAAUUUAAUAAGGUGUCAUCUUUACAGUGUGAUUCAUGUCAAUUUGCAAAACAUCAUCGAACUAGUUUAAGUCCCCAAGUCAAUAAACGAGCACACGCUCCUUUUGAACUUGUUCAUUCUGAUGUUUGGGGCGCUUGCCCUGUUGUGUC